AUGGCCCUCAACUACUCUGCGGGCACUGCAUGCCCUGAAAAGUCUUCUCAGGGUGAACCUCUCCCACCUGCGGCUCCUCCAUCGUCUCCUGCAGCGGCGAUCUCACCUGGUCAUAGCCAUCGCCUUGCAGAUGGCGACAGCUGCUACCUUGUGACUAUGGGCCUCUGCGCCCACGUGCGCGCUAAGAAUGCGCAAGCAGCAGCCGCAGUGGCAGCAGAUGCUGCAGUAGGCGCGGCAACCGAGUCUGCGCCAUCGGACACGGCCAAAAUUGGCUCUCUCUACAUAAGUUCGAUACCGGCGCAACAGCACCCGCAACAUUUCGAGUACCAUCAUGAGCAGCACACACACCAGCUGCAGCUUUCGCCGUGUUCUCCACGGCUAGGAACUCCACUUUCCGGGCAGCAUCCUUAUCAGCAGCAGCAGCAGCAACCUCCUUCGUUCUGCACAAUCCAUGUAGACAACGGUGUGGCCUACGGAGCUGAUUGCGCGGCGACAGAAGCCGUCAUAGGCGCUGUAGCUCGCGCAGCCGCAGCAGAAGUAUCCCUUGCUGCGGCAAGCUCAGAUGAAUCCUCUCUUUGCGGGGAGUUGCCCGCGGGUCCCUCAGGAGCCUCACGUGGAGGAAAGCCUGGCGUUGUGGGAGUUGAUUUACCAGAUAUGAAGAAUAUCCCUCUCGCUAUUCGGGUGCCUCCAUAUAGAGAGCAUCUGUGGUACGAAUUGAAGCAGCUGCGUCGUUUCUGGCAGAUGGACAUGCACCAGCGUGACUGGCGUCAGGUGUUUGUGUGUUCUUAUUUCCCGAACGCAAUAGACCCCUUGCUGCUGACUCUGUUGCGGCUCAUCUGCUGCAUUUCAGUGCUUGUGUUGGAGUGUUUCGCCUCGAUCCAGGGAUAUCGCGAGGUCGGCAAGGCACAGAUGCUUUACUUUACUAACUGGAACAGCUUGCUAGUUGCUGCUGGCUUCUUGUCCCUCAGCAUCACUUCUGUUAUUGCAUGCAUAAGCUUCGCGGCUCCUUUGCAGCAAACCUCAAAGCAAUCAAGUGCACAGCAGCAACAGCGGCAAGGGCGGCAAACGCACAUCCAGGAUGACGGUCUCACGCAGCAGCAGCAGCAGCAGCAGCAGCAGCAGCAACACCAGCAACGGCUGCAGCGGCGGAGCCAGCUGUUGAUGAGCCCUGUGGAGGAAACAGCAUCAACAUAUUCGCUUAACAACCACCUGCAACACAACUCAUGCACUGCAUCUCGCGACAGCAGCAGCUGCAGCUUGGGCUUUUCUGCCUAUGAGUUUGUGGCGGUUGACGGGCGGCACCCGCGGCCGACAUACAGCAGCAGCAAGGCAGCGUUCUUGCCGUGGCUCGUACAGCAGCGGCAGCAGUUACUACAGCAGAAACAGCAGCCCCGCAACACCAGAGCACUUUGUCUUGUGCUUCAGGGAUACACAGACCUCAUGUCUGAUGGACGCUACUGUGUAGAAGGCAUACUACUGGCCCCUAACCCCAGCAACCCCUCAGUGCCUCAAAGCUCCCCAAGGACAACCUGUUGGUCCCGCCGGCUUCCGCUUUUUAGCAGGCCAAAAGAGAGUUCUUCCAGUGCUGAAAACAGCAGCGGCAGCAUUAGCAACAGCGGCAGCAGCAGCCCCGCUGCCUCGGUGCCCCACCACACUCUGGGGGCAUGGGCCUCAGGAGCAGCAGACGACGCGGCUCCCUCUUCUAACAGCAGUAGAGUGGUUGACAAAGGGGUUGCAGGUUCUGCAGCAGCAGUAACUGCGGCUGGCUCUGCAGCAGCAACCAUAGCUACUACAGUAAGGGGAGCAUCAACAACUGUGGAGUUGCCUUGGUUCGUGAAGGUGACUUGGGUGGUACACAAUUUGCAGUUGGUUGCGUCUUUAGGCGUUGCUGCUGUCUUCUUCUCCCUUUUUAAGGCUGAGGACGUUGCAUUUCCCGGAUCCUGGGUGACAGUGUGGAAACACGCUGUGUUGGUACUGCUGACGCUGCUGCAUGCGUCUUUGCUGUCUCGUAUUCCCUGUCCCAUGAGACACCUAGGCUACACACUAGUGCUCUUCUGCUGUUACCUGCUGUUGCAAGUUUGUGUUUUUGUCUUCAACGUGCCCAACGGCCAAGGGGGGGUCGGCUAUGUGUAUAAAGUAUUUCAUCUUUCGGAGCCUGUGAAGGCUGCGGUUGUGCUCUUGGGCAUAUUUCUCUGCUCAUUUUUAAUGCAUAUAUUUCUCUGGUCUAUAUCCCGCAAACGCUGCCUCUACGUAGACCCUCCUCCGUCGGUUUCGGUUACGGCGCUGCAGCUCAAGCGCAGCAUCCGUUACGCUGCUGCUGCUGCUGCUGCUGCUGCUGCUGCGGAACAAAUCGCAGGAGAAUCCGCUGCAGUGAGCGCAGCAUCCGAUGUCAAGAGCAAAAGCUCACUAGUCCGACUUCAGCUGCAGCAGCAGCAGAAGUGCUGCAGUGACCAAGCUUCAACUGGAAACACUGAUGGCAGACAAAGCGGCAGCAGCACCCGGCGAGAGCCGCAGCAGCUCGACGAGCCUGAAGGCGUUGUGGUGCAACAGAGCUAG